AUGACUACUGCACACUUCGAGUCUCACCAGUGGCAACGGAAGCAGAGGAAGCGAUCUCGCUACCCGCAUCACCAGCGCGCACCGCGAAUUGCUGCGCAAGAUCCUCGGUUGGCUUGGCUGAAGAGGAAGACCAAUCACAGUCACGCCCCCGUUGCCGCACACACAGAGACAUACUCCUCCUCCAACACGGCCAAUACCAAGCCACAGAGCGAUGCGGCAGAAGACGGUGCGUCCGUUCCUUCGCCCACCACCUCCUCUUCCUCGCCGGAGUGCUCGGAAGGAGGGUCUUGGAGACGGCCGUCGCUCGACCUUGAGCCUUGUGCCAAGGAGGUGCUGGCUGCCCGGCCAAGCGUUGCCCUCUCGCGCGAUGCACUCACGCCAUCGACCCUCAGUGGCUCCGACUUUGAGGAGCUGAUGCUUGAUGUCUUUGGUGAGGCGGACGAAUGGAGAAGGAUGGGCGCCCAGCACAGUGACAACAGCUGUGACAACAGCUGUGGUGAAAGUGGCCCGUUUGUUGACAGCGCUGUGCACAGCGUGCCGUCGCCGUCGCCAUCGUCGUCACUGGACUCAGCAUCAUCGCCUUCAUCGGCGGGAGGAGAUGAUGAUGGUUACGACAAUGAUGGUGACGACAAUGAUGGUGACGAGGAGGAGAAUAAGAGCUGUGCGACAAGGGAACCGGCGGAACCAGCACACCGCGGCCACUGCACCUCGCCUCCACCCAAGCGCGCUCACCUCAUACGGAGCGGUGCUGAAGAAGAAGCAAAACACACAGCACAAACAACCCCCAUGCAGGAGCGAGGAGAACAACAACAAGAAGCAGCACUCGUAGCAACACAAAGACAAGCGGCACCGGUGUCAACCCCAGACGAGCAACGCACCGUCGCUCAGCAAGUGCAAGGUCAGAGGUUGGAUGAGCUCGUACGCCGCGCUGGAGGCGGCCUGUGUCUUGGCUGCAACAACAUCAAGCCACUGGAAAUCAGGCGGUGCCUCUCCAAGAAGGGCAAGUUUGCAAUCUGCAACGCGUGUCGGAAGACGCACUUGUAUCGGAUCAUGAGAGACAUUCGGUCCUGGAACUCGACACACCGCCCGCAGCUCCAGGCCAUGGGCGUUGCCGAGCGUGACACAGACAGCCUCAUGUGUGCCGCGUUGUCACACGGGUGGCACGACUCGCGCAUGUCCAGGAUUCUGCAUCUUGCCUUGUCAUCCGAUCCGAGGCAUGUGGCGUACACGCUGCUUGCGGACGAACACAUCCAAGAUCUGCGCAAGCGGAUUCAAGAGCUACUGCACACCAUCAGCGAAGGGCCAGACACGGGCGGCAACGCCACCGCACCUGUGGUGCUCUUCUCCCACAUCACGGUGCUGGGACAGCCGUAUUGUGUGGGACUGCAGGCGGUGGUGAGCCGGGCGCAAGACCAUGUUGCUCGGAAGGUGCAGGCAUGUGUGGUGCGAGAGCUCAACCGCGUGUUGGACCUGAAAACCGCACCACCGCCGACAAGCACAACGACAAGCGAGCGCGAUACUGCGCUGCAAUUUGCCCUGCAGGCACACACCCCUUCGGUGCCAUGCUUGAAGGAACGCGACGUCACGAAAGGGAAGCGGUGGAGGAAGACACCAGCCGAACCACAUUGCAAGAGGGCGAAGCAGCCCCAUCUUGCAUCCAUCAAAAAGUUUGAGGAAGGUGUGGAUGCCAUUGCUUGGGAUGCGACACGUGGAAACCCUUGGAGAAGCGGCUGCUACCUUUUACAGACAUUUGAGGUGUGCAAUGCGUGUCGGAAGACGCACUUGAGCAAGGUCAUCCGCGAGAUGAAUGACGUGUCGGACAAUUGGGUGACUCGACUGGACACAGACAGCACACUCGCACAGGCCAUGCUCCACAAAUUCCCCGCAUGUCACCCGAAGGCAGCAACUCAGACCCCACACAGCAGCAGCAGCAAAGAGUCGCGUGGUGCACAAAACGACGAUGACGACAAAGAGCAGCAGCACAACGGUGACAAAGAGACAGACAAGGCCCCUUCAACAAGGCAGUUGAGGCGCACCACCCGCACCGGAACUCGCCGGCAAUUGACGGAGGGCAGCUGGACCGCGCUCGCCGAGACGCUGGCACGACAGGAACUGAUGCAACGGUGGAAAGAUGCGCGGAAAUCGCGCGUGCUGCAGUUGUACUGCCGCUCAGACAUGGUACACGUGCGCUUCACCCUGUUGAUGGAGAAGCAUCUUGAAGCAGUUCGCGCGGCCCUGCUGAAAGAAUGCGCGAAAACACGACACCAGCAAGAAACAAGGGGCCAUGCAUCUUCAGCGACUGGAGACACAUUGAGUGCAACCGACACAGCGUCUGCAACUUCUGCGCGUGCGACGAAGCCUUUGAGUGAUUCAAGCACCACCACCAUCUUUACAAUCAAGGUGCGUGGACAAGUGUUCUCUGUUGGCCCGUUGGUGCUGCCGCGUGCAGCCACUGCUGCGUUCCUUUCACGUGCCAAGCUCAUUGUGCGAGACUUGCUCAACGGCGCCAACAAGGCACUGAUCGCCACCGCCGCCACCACUUCUUUGAGGACCACUCACGCUGGCGAUGACGAUGACGAUGACGAGGAUGAUGGUGGUGGCAGGUUGCCCAGCUUACCGCAGGAGCCACCACAGGAGCCACCGCAGGAUCGCUCGUUUCACAGCAUGUGUUUGCUUCAUGGCUAUGCCAACGAACACCUGGACGUGGCAGACAUUGCCUUUCUCACCGCUGGCUAA